AUGACCAUGGAUGCCGCGCGGUCCCUGGCGGUGCAGAUCUUCCCCGGCUCUGCGUCGUCCUGCUUCAAGAUGAUGAUGCACUUGGUGCACCCGGACAAGUGCACGGACCCCCGCGCUGGAGAGGCCUUCGGUGAGAUGCAGAGCAUGAAGAGCUUGGCGGUCGGCAGUGAUCCAGACGCUACUCGCCAGCGGCCCAUGACUGAGCUGGAGGGGCUUCUGCACCGCGCGCUGUGCAAGAUCCGAAAUCCGGUGGAGACCGCCGCAGAGGUCAUCAAUUUCUGUGACGGCCUUCUCCGUCGGCGCAAGCGCCUUGAGAGAUCUGUGUGCCAGGAAGCCUUGGCGAGGCUCCAGUGGCUCAACCUCAAUGAUGCCAACCUCGAGGAAGCUGAGUCGGUGCGGGAGCUCCAACGCAUCUUUGAAAGGAGGCUCUCAAAGGAGGAGACGGAGGCCCAGGAGCAGACGGAGGCCCAUGAGCCGGCAGAGACGGAGGCCCACGAGCCGGCCGAAAAGCCGGCUGAGGAGCCGGUCGAGGAGGCGGCCGAGGCCCAGAUGGAGACGGAGGAGCAGACGGAGACGGAGGCCCAUGGGCCGGCCGAGGAGCCGGCUGCCCAGGAGGAGACGGAGGCCCAUGGGCCGGUCGAGGAGCCGGCCGAGGAGCCGGCGGAGCAGAUGGAGACGGAGACGGAGGAGCCGGCGGAGCAGAUGGAGACGGAGGUCAAGGAGGAGGAGGUGGAGGAGGUAGAGGAGGAGGUAGAGCUUCCGACACCCGCCCAACUGGGGCACUACACGCAGUUCAAGGAGCAGUUUACCGAGCCUCCCGAAAAUAACCUAAAACACCAUCGCCUUGUUUGGGAGCGGACGGACGUGUUCACCAUCAGCAACGCUCUGCAGCUCGACGCCGUGCGGCGAUGCCCCGACCACAGUCUCUUUGAUGUGCUGAUGAGCCUGUUCAAGCGCUCUGUGAAUGUGGACCAGGACGGCAUUGGGUGGAUUCCCGUGCUCCUGCGCCCAGGCCGCACCGCGCCUGGGCUGAAGGGGCGGAUCUUCUCCGGCAUCGGUCGGGUGCCCGCACAGGAGGCGCCUGCCAAAAAGCGCAAAGGCAAUGAGGGCGCCGUGGAUUCCGCUCGGGCAGAGUUCAUGAAGCAGCUGCCGCCGGAGAUUCGCAAGGAGAUCGAGAUGGGGGUCCCAGACACGCUUGUGGGGCGCUCUGCGUUUGCCUUCAAGAAGUUGGUCCGCUACAUUGCGCGGCAUCGCCUUGGAUCCGUCGAGCUGGACAUCAAGAACUCGUUCUUCCAGCUCUUGAACCGACAGAAGCCGCUGCCGCCCAUCAUGGCGGAGUACCUGGACCACCGUGAGGAGAAGCUCGCGCAGAUCGGCCGCGUGCUCUUCCACAAGCAGCCCGAGGCCCGCCGGCGCAGCGUGGCGAAGGAGCUGAUGAUUGCCCUGGGCUUUGGGGGUGGUUUCGCAAACUGGACGAGCAAGGUGCUGCAGGACAUACCCUUGGCUUCGGAUGGGGGGGAGCGCGGCGAGGUGGCUGCUUGGCUCUACGGCUUCGAGACGGCGGCGCGCCUCUACCACGUGGCCGUUUUUGAGCUGCUGCCACAGAAGGCCAAGGUCUGGCACAUGGAGCAGGGCCGCUCCACUGCCUCGGGGGCCUUUGCCCUGUACGCCCACCACGAGAGGUUGCAGAUGGAGAAGAUGGCGGCGGCAGCGGGCAGGGCCUUCAACGACCACCAGCACGACGGCAUCGGGGCCCUCCGCUCCGCGAGCGAGGACGUGAAGCGAGCCGUGGAUGUCGAGGUGGUCAUGCACGAGCUGGAGGACCCGUGGGCAUACGCGGCGGCGAAGUACCCCAACUUGGAUUGGAGACUCAAGUCGAAGAUGGAGUUCUCCGGGUACCACCAAAUGCUCCAGCGCUGCAGGCAGCACGUCAUACUUGGACGGGCGAGGGCAAACACCGUGGACUUUGCGAAGCUGGCGGCGGCGAAGCUGGUUCCGGUCGUACACGUUCCGGUGGAGGGGGGUGAGAAGAGGACCACCUACGAAAGCUUCGAGAAGGGAGGCUUCUGGCUGGUGCGAAACCGGGACGACUUGGGCCAGACCGUGGAAGACCUGAUGAACACGAUGUGUUGCCCGGUCUUCGAGACAGUCGAUGAGAACUACGUGCCGCCGCCGCCCCUCAACGAUAAUGCCUUCUUCACCGGUCUGUCCUCGUCCGUUCUGGGGCGUCUGGCAGGCCCGCAGAUGGCGGACAUCGACGGCGACGAGACACGGCACAAAAUCCUCUUUUGCGACGGCAUGCUCUACGAUUUCAAGGAGCGUGUCCUCCGAUCACCGAUCCCCGCCGACCGCAUGGGCUUCCACGCGGCGGCGACCUCAGAGAUGUGGCAGCCGAGCAAGGCGACCAAGCUCUUCGAGCACAUCCUGGCUUUCUUGAAGGAGCAUGUGGAGACGGGGGUGUGUCUGCUCGAGGCCAGCGAGUAUGGCAAACAGGUCAUCGAGUGCUUCGAGGAAUUGGAGCAGGACGGGUGCGAGAUCCUCCGCCACAUGAAGGUGUACGGGGACUGGGACUCCGUCCUGUACGAGCUGCGUCUCAUGACCAGGGCCAUCUCCGCGUCGCCGCGGUUCUGCGAGAUGUACUACAUCUGGGGAAGCCAGGAUUCCGGGAAGGACACCAAGGUGAAGAUGUUGCACGCCUUCUUCGGUCACAAAGAGAACAACUACGGGGUGCAGCUUCCGGGAAACUAUGUGGUGCAGCAGACUCGCUACCUGUCCGCGAAGGACGGACCCGCGCCUUACCAUGCAAGGACUCUAGGCAAGCGGCUGGCCUGGGCCAGUGAAGUCCCCGAGCACUACUCGUUGGCGGAUGACUUCACCAAGCCCUUUUGUGACAUGGAAGGUGCGCCAGUCUGCAGCAGGAAGCUCAACAAGGGUCCCCGGACUUCAUGCCUACGGCUUUGCUGGUGGCAACAAGCAAUUCCCCUCCCCGUGUGA